AUGGAGAAGAACAAGGUGUGCACCAUCUGCAACAGGCGCUUCGCCAACGGCAAAGCCAUGGGAGGCCACAUGAGAUCUCACUUAGCGAAGCUCCCUCUCCCUCCCAAGCAGCCCGACGUCCAGACCAAGCCGGCCCCAGUGCCAGCUCUCUCUUCGUCUUCUCUGCACCCGGAUCGAAACGAAGCCACCUUGAAAGACUUCCGUGGGUCGCCUAAGAUUUAUCUUCCUCACGACCGAUCUGCCAAUUCCGAAUCAUCCUUCGUUGCCAGCACCGAUCCUGCCCUCCACGACAAGGGGAGCGAAGCCGAGUCGCUGAGGAACCCGAAGGGGAAGAGAUCAAGCCGGUGCUGUAAGCCGGCCAUGAACGAGGCGAGGGCUGAGACAUCGGAGCAGGUGAGUUUGGACUCCGAGAACUUUUCUGUGGAAGAUGUCGCACUGUGUCUUUUGAUGCUACUGCGAGAUAGCUGGACCAGAAAGGGCAAGGAAGUAGUUCAAGAAGCCGUUGACGAUGAAUUGGCUGAGGAGGACGAGAAGGACGAUGAAGAUGAUGGCGACGAUGAGUCAUUUAACGCAACGCUGGCGAACCAUCGACCUCGCCCCAAGUACUGGUGUGAGACUUGCAACAAAGUGUUCAGAUCUUAUCAAGCAUACGGCGGGCACAAGGCCAGCCACAGCCACAAGAGGAUGAAAGUGCUCGACAGUAGAGAAAAGGAAGGGGGCGAUGGCGGUGCAAAAACCAAAACUUUGACUGAUAAGAGAUUGUUCAAGUGCCCAUUUUGCGACAAAGUGUUCGAUUCAGGUCAAGGGCUGGGGGGUCACAAGAAAGUUCAUUUCUUUAAUACUGCAGUUAGUAAGAGCAACAUUAACAACAACGACGACGAUGCUGAGAAUAAGGUCGGAGAGUCUAGGUUAGAUCUUAACCUACCACCAUCACCUGAGGAAGAAGGCAGCCCUGAACCGGUUGAGUCUUCUGCUGUUCCCGAUCAGUGA